GGUGGCACUCUCUCAUAUACACAUUCAACCAUCCACCAAGCUCUCUCAUUCGCCUAUCUAUCUGUAAAUACAGUUGUUUACAUGUUUAGUCAAACGGCGCGAAGCUGGCUCAUUUAGCCGGCUGAGACCCCUUUCUCUCUCUCCUACCUUCCUACGCACGUACACACAUUACCUACAUCCCUACGCCUAUGUAUGUAUAUAUGUCCACUAAUCGCAUUUGCGUAUUUCUUCUAUUGUUUUUCGUUCUGUAGUUGAUCUUCUUCUGGUGGAAUUUUUCCUUGCUUUCGAUUCUCUAUUUUGAAGUUGAUCAGCCCUAUCAAACGUUGCAACGCAAACGAAGGAAGUUUGGCGUCUUUAGAAAAUUCGUGGCAGGAAAAAAGGGUUACUUUAGAUCUACAAAAUUUUGGGGAUUCUGGCAUUCAAGCAAGAGAUAUUGGUUUAAAACUUGGGACGUUUUAGCUGUAAAAGUUUUUUUUUUUUUUUUUUUUUUGGAGAACGUUUGAAAAUGGUAAAUUAGACACUACCUUUCAUAGUGAUUUAUUUUAUAAAUGUUAGUAAUAAAUAUAUGUAGUUAAAUUGGUUAUGGACAUAGCAUAACAGGUGUAGCCGUGUAGGCAAAACACGAAAACGUCUUUAUCUGUAUGCCUAUUUUGUUUACAUACAAUUAAUUUUUGUAUACGUGAAUAUUGUUCUCCAUUUAUUAUUUUGCCUGUCCCUAAAAAAUUGAUUAUUUUACCUGUUUUUGCGCACUGUUACUACUCCAAGGUAGUAUUGAAUUUAUUUACCUUUGAAAAGUGGCGACCUAUUUUUGUCUGCUUCCUUACCAUGACAAAAGGAAGGUUCCGAAGCUUAAUUUUAGUCAUUUAGGCUUAUACACUAUUUUGUUUUUUUUUUUUCUCGACAUAAGUUUCAAGAUCACAGUAUUCUCUUGAUUGCUUUUAUUUUUCUCAGGAGAUUUGUGCGAGUUGAAUGUUUGCGACACAACUGCUGAGGAUUCUCCAAACUACUACUAGUGAUGUGAAGUGUGAAACCUGUGUCUGUGACUCAGCUGCACAAGACAUGAUCAUGAAGGAAAAUCAGAAUGGAACUCGUUACGACUCUAAUUAUUUGGGGAGGGACUCUGAUCCCCUGGCUGUUGGAAGUAAAGAAAAAUGCCUGUUAAAUGGUCUUAAAAGGGACACCCAUCCUUCGCUUUUUGAGCAAAAAGGUGCACAGAUGUAUUGGAACCCUAAAGUUGACGAUGAUCUUUUGACGGAUAAUCAAAACAGAAAUGGACACCUUAAAGCGGACGAAUUUCAAAAUAGACCUCUUUGUCGUCUGGAGAGUCUGGAGGAUGAUAUAGAUUCAGUAUCGUCUGACACAAAUGCUAAAGACGAAGUGCAAACCAAGCCAGAGCAUAAUUGUGCUGCGGCAGGUGAAGAAUUUAUGUAUGGUAAUGAAAAUGAAUCAAGUGAUUGUAGUUCUCCAUAUGUAUCUGCUGCUUCCGACUUGUUCAGUAGCAAUGAAAAUAUGUUUACAGAUAAAAACGUGUUGGAAUAUCAGCGGCCUGAGUUAAUAGUUUGCUAUAAGGAAAUCAAUUAUCAUGUUGUGAAGGAUAUAUGUGUCGAUGAGCGAAUGCCUACGAACAGAAGAAUUUUGAUGGAUAAUAGUGACGGUGAUCAGUCUGAGAAUUAUUUUCCUCAUCCUCUGAGUGAUCAUAACCAUCAUAAGGCUACUGGAGGUGUUGAUGCCGAACUUCUCAUAUCAAAUGGACUAGCAGCUACAUCGCUGGAUAGUGCAGACUUUACUGUUGCUAAUCAGCAGGGAAGCAAAAAAGAAAGCAAUGGGAUAUUACUUGUCCAAGGCCGGCCAAAUUUGCCAUCAGAAAGAUCUUCAUUUGAGGAUACUGCCACUGGUUGUAAUCUGGAGGAGUCGAUGCAGAUAGAUGAAAUGAACUUUGGAGCAACUAGAGAAAUUGCAAGGCAUGCUUCAGAUGAGGAGUCAUUUGUAGAUAGGACUCUUCCAAUUCAAGAAUUUGGCACGCGUAGUUUCCUCAGAUCUUUUCUGAAUGCUUUUGAUGCUGAGGGAAAUGAAGUGAAACAGCUGCCAGAUCAGAUUUCUUCUGCAAAAGCAGAUUCUGAAGGUCCUGCUGCAACAUCAACAGAAGCAAGGCCAAAGGAAGAUGUGCAAACAAGCAGCUUAAAUUACAACAGUAAGGUGGAAACAAGAAGCAUAACAUUCAAUUUCAACUCCUUGGCACCCGUCGUAGGUGGUGCUAAAAAUGGGAAAACAGAACUCAUUAAAGAACAGUCUGUUGACUCAAAAGAGGUGACUCACCAAAAGAAUGAAGAGUCUGACAUUUUCACAGAUCCUAGGCAAAGUCAAUGGAGCAGCAAGGACACUAACACCAGAGAAAUCUCUGGCAAAUCCCUCAAUAAUGACGCAUUUCCAAAUGAUUUUUCAGCCAGAGACCAACCUCAGAAUUCUAGCAGCAACGAUAAUGCUCUAGCUCUAGAUCAGUCCCUUGACUGCAAGGAUGAUAAGUAUGCUGAUAAUACACCAGUUGCUAGCUUACGGAGAUAUGACCUGGGGGAGUCGAGCUUUUCUGCAGACAGUUUCAUCACGCACUCAGGGCCAAUAGCAUUUUCUGGAAACGUCUCCCUUCGCUCGGAUGGCAGUGCAACGAGUGGCAGAUCUUUUGCUUUCCCAGUAUUACAAUCUGAAUGGAAUUGCAGUCCAGUGAGAAUGACAGACGCAGAUAGGAGACGUUUCCGGAGACACAAGGGUUGGAGAUCAGGCCUUCUCUGUUGUAGAUUCUAACUACAUCUUAGGUUGUUAGGUGCAGAUAUCCUGUUGCGCAAUUUAAAUUUAAUUAUUGCUAUUGUAAUUAUAAUUUCUCUAGCGCUGGUUUUGUUCAUGAACGCUCAUGCUGAGUUUGAAUCCAAACUCAGUGUCACACAUAUUGUCUAUUGUUUCUAAAA